AUGAUGCAUUCAUCAUCGAUUACUGAGAACCUACCCGGUCUCAAGUCUCUGAUCCGUCGUCAUCGAUCAGGACGAACGUCGAAGACUGGGGCUAAUGGCGAGGUGUCUCUCCUCAGUCGACUUGUAGACGUCUUUCUGCGCACUUGGGAUCUCGGCUUUACAUCCUUCGGAGGCCCACCAGUUCACUUUCGCAUUUUGCAUGAGCGGUUUGUAGAAGGAAAAACUGGAGAGAAAUGGGUUGAUGAGCAGACGUAUCAAGAAUUGUUUGCGAUAUGCCAAGCUCUUCCAGGGCCGGGGAGCACCAAAAUGGUGUUUUGCCUCGCAUUGCUGCACGCCGGCUUCAUUCCUGCCAUAGUAACGUUCUUAAUCUGGAGCCUCCCGGGUGCUAUUACCAUGUACGCCCUAGCCCUCGGUGUGCAACACAUUAAUGAAGUCCUCCCCAGGCCAGUUUAUGGUCUUCUCUCAGGCAUGAACGCCUCAACAGUUGGAAUCAUUGCCCUCGCAGCAGUCCAAUUAGCGGACAAAGCCAUCAAGGACAAAUUUUCUCGCAUUCUUGUGGUCUUUGGCGCCUGUGCAGGCAUGUGCUAUAAUGCGCUAUGGUAUUUCCCUGUUCUCAUGUUGAUUGGUGGUAUUGCAGCCGUCAUCUGGUACGGAUGGAUGUUGCAGAGUAUCGGAAAGCUCAAAGCCAAGAUCAAGCGGAGAAAGUCCAAUACGGAAUCGCAAGUCGAAGAAGCUUCUGUUGAGAAUAGUGUUGCUUUGGAGGAUAGAGUUGGGCCGAGCGAUACGAGUAGUAUUCAAAGGAGGAAUGUGACUGCCACAACAAUGCCAGUUCCAGGAUCAAAGCCAACGCAGAAUUCGCAACUAGAGCAAGAAUUGCAACAAGUUCAACCAGAUAUCCACCAGAACCAUUCUAUAAAAGUCCGAGUGGGUAUCGUCAUUGCGGUGGUGUUCUUCGCCUCCUUCAUCGGCGUUCUCGUCGGCCGCGGCGUGAAAGCUUCACCCGACAUCACUCUUGACCUGUUUGCCAACAUGUAUCUCGCUGGUACCAUCAUCUUCGGCGGAGGACCAGUCGUCAUCCCCCUCCUCCGCUCCUACGUCGUUGGUCCAGGAUGGGUUUCAGGCCGAGAUUUCCUCCUCGGUCUUGCAAUGAUCCAAGCCUGGCCCGGCCCAAAUUUCAAUUUCGCAGUCUACCUUGGCGCACUCACACUACAGGCUUCUCCGUAUCCAACUGUUCUUGGCGCAAUCCUGGGAUUUUUGGGUAUCUUCAUCCCCGGAAUCACGCUCGCAGUUGUUGUACAGAGCUUUUGGCGUGUUUUGCGCAAGUACAAAUGGGUAAUUGAUCUCUUGCAUGGGCUUAACGCCACGGCUGUCGGGCUGGUGUUUACUGCUGUCUAUCGUCUGUGGAAUAUUGGAUAUUUGACGCCAGAGACCACCACUGGACAGUCUUUGGCGUUGGAUCCCUGGUGGGUGGUUGUUGCUACAGCGACUUAUGCUGAGAGCGCGUGGUUUGGUGUACCUCCUCCUGCGGCCAUUGUCGUUGGGGCUGUUUUGGGGCUAUGUUGGUAUGGUGUUGUGAAUUCGUAG